GGUUUUAUUAAUGGCUCAUAACGAUUCGAAAUUACAAAGCUGUCAUAAUUAUUAAGCUUGCAAGUGAACAACUUCUUCGUAAUAAAAAAUAUAAUAAAUAUUUCUCGUGAACGGAUAAAAUAUUUUUACGGUAUCAUUUUUACGGUAUCAUUUAGAAAAAAAGUCAAGAAAUGCAUUUAUCAAUAGCAUGUUCGAUAGCUGUCAUGGUCAUCAGCCUAUUGGUCCAUUGUAGAGGUAGUUCUCGUGGUAACGUUAAUGGAGACAGCGGUGAUUUUAACUACAGUAACUGUGGCUGCGAUGCAAGCAGUUUUGGGAAUGUUAAUUGUCCUUUGAUAUGGGGGUCAACAGAAGAUGGAAACAUUGUAUUCGAAUCACUUACGUCUGAGACAUUAGAUGGUGCCUUGAAGGUUAUACGAACUUCUUUUUUCACUGACGAAAAUAUGUGCAAAGGUUGUGGUUUAUUAUCUGAACCUGGAGCUUCAGAAGAAGUUGAACAAUUGAUAUUAAAUGUUGCUAAAGAUGGCAUCAGUAUUAUUGCAAGAGAUGUGAUUACAAAUGAAGUCGUCGGCACUAUUUUCAACAAACUACUUAAACCUACAAAUGGAAAUGAAAAAAGCCAGUUAGAAAUAUCUCGAGAAAAUGUUAAGCACAAAGCAUCGAAAUGCUUUAUAGAUGUGAAUCUAGAUGUCGAUUCAAGAGUGGAUCUCUUCAAACGUUAUAAUGCCGAUUGCAUUAUGGAAAUUACGUUUUUAUCAAUUAGACAGGAUUAUCGACAAAGAGGAAUUGCUGGAUUAUUGGUAUCAUCGUCAUUAGAAUUAGGAAGACAAUUAUACAAGGGAAUGCCUGUAAAAACGUCAGUUGAUAUCGACGGAGUAUCGAUUGCCAAUGUUGAUGAUAUUCCUAAUUUUGCCGCAGCGACAAUGACAUCCAAGUAUUCACAAAAAUUGGCAGAUAAACUUGGAUUUGUUAAAGUCAUUGAAGUUAGUUUUAAUGAAGUUCUAUUCGAAGGUGUACCACUAAGUGAAAGAAUAGGAGAUGCCCAUCAAACUGCGGCAAUUGAUGUUAAAAGCCUUUCUACAAAUUAAUUGACAAUAUUCUCUUGUUUUGAUAUAUUAAUUUAUAUGGGUAGUUAAUGAUCACUACCGGGAAUAAAUCAUCAGGCAUGAUCAAGCCUGAAAAAAAAUAAUCACUCUAGUUAUGUAAAAAAAAAAAUAAUAAUAAAGUAAUAUAAAAAAUAAACACAUUGCAUGCCUCGGACACAACAGCAAUAGUGAUCAUAAUUUUACUUAGCUACACUAUAAUAAGAAAAAAAUUAUUUAAAAUGAGACUAGUUGGACGUCAAUUGAGAUGUUUGUGUGUGAGGAAGAUAUCUUUCGAAAACUCAAUUAAUCAGUCCAAUUUUUUUUUCAAUAGCUCCAGGUUUUAGUAGAAUAGAAGCCUUUUGAAUAUCACUGCUGUGUAGUCCUCGUUUAUUUACUAUCAAUUAAAAACUGAAAGUGAUGACGUUUGCUCGUUCACUAAUACUGAAUCCACCAUUUUUUUCCCAAAAAUGAAAGUAGGCAUAAAAUUUUAUUACUGUUAUUAUAAUGCGAUAUAUGUUUAUGUUACGUCCAGACAGACAUAACAUAGAACAGUCCCUUAAUUUUGAGUCAAGACACUUAAGUCCUUUAUUACUCGGGUAACGGGGACCACGUUAUUUGGUGCCGAGCAUGGAUACACUCUAAAACCAAGUGUGUUACAA